UUCAAGAUGGCAAGUACUUUGAUAAACUGCCUGAAGGGUCCAAGACUAUUCCGAAUUCACCGGAGUGACAAUAACAAUGGAAGGCUUUAUCAGCCGAAUUUCGUGGAAGCCACUGGGGAUAGUUUUAUUAAAGUGAUACGAUUUUGCUGGUCUCUUUCAUUUUGGACAUCUCCUGUACUGUUGACAGUGCUUUAUCGUAGAAAUUAUUUCAGCUUAGAAGGCGCUGGCAGUUUAUCAAAAACAAUAUUCUCAGUUGUUGUUAUUUAUACUGGGGCGUAUAUUAUUAGAGGUAUAGGAAGGAUAACUAAUCCUGAUUAUGUAAUGUUUAUUAGUGUCCUUUCGGCUGCUCAGAAAAAUUUUAAUGAACAAACAAAGAAAAAUUUAUUGAGGUAUGACAGUGAAUUCUGGGCGUGGCCUGUGGACUUCAUGUGGAAUGAGGGUGGAAGAGGGGAUGCCAGUAAAAUAAGAGUUGACAGCCCAUACAGGAACCGUCCCCGCAGUGUGGCCAGUCAUGUGAAGGCCAUACCUUGUCAUGUGCUCAGUUUCCUGCUGGCUCACACAUUUGGCAGAAGGAUGGUUUACCCUGGUACGACAGCUCUCAUCAAUAUGCUAGUCGGGCCCACUCUGAUUCAGCAGAGGGCUAAGUUAAUAGAAGAAAAAAGAGGCCAUCGUGCCAAGCUGCAAACAGCUGAUGGCAAUCAAAUAGACACCAUGUUUAUAGACAAGCGCGGGAGUUUGCUCUUUCCUCAGGGUCAAACACUGGUUGUCUGCAGUGAGGGUAACUCAGGCUUCUACGAGAUUGGUUGUACAGUAACCCCAAUAGAAGCCGGAUACUCCGUCCUUGGCUGGAACCAUCCAGGCUUUGCUGGCAGCUCGGGUGUGCCUUUCCCUGAGAACGAACAGAAUGCUAUAGAUGCUGUAAUGCAGUACGCAAUCCACAGGCUCGGCUUCACCCCAGACAACAUCGUGCUGUUUGCCUGGUCUAUAGGUGGAUACCCAGCCUCAUGGGCGGCCAUGAAUUACCCAGAUGUCAAGGGCGUGGUGCUGGAUGCCACAUUUGACACACUGCUACCUCUAGCUGUAGCCAGAAUGCCUGAGUUGUUGAAGGACCUUGUCACAACCACCAUAAAGAAGUACAUGGACCUGCAGAAUGCCGAGCAGCUUUGUAGAUAUCCAGGUCCAGUGUUGCUGAUCCGCAGAAGUCGGGAUGAAAUGAUUACAACUUUAGAUCCUUCCCUGAUUCAUACCAACAGAGGAAAUGAUCUCUUGGUCAAGCUGCUUCAGUACAGGUACCCCAGGCUAGUAGAUGAGGAGACUCUACCUCUGUUGAGGGAUUGGCUAAGCAAGGACUCUGUAGGGCAAGCUCAAUUGUACACCUCUGUUGGCGUAGAUGAUGAUCUCUGUCUGACCAAAUUAUUGUCUCUGUCCAGGGAGCAUCCACAGUCGUUCCCGUUCCUAGAAGGAGGAGAUAUUACUGAGGAAACAAAGCGGCAACUGGUGUUGUAUCUGGCUUCCCGUCACAUGGUUGACUACGACAGCACGCACUGCUCUCCCCUGCCCGCCUCUUUCUUCGUCAUGCCCUGGAGUCUUCAGUCUGCAUCAUCAUUACAAUGAUUAACCAUUACCAAUGAGUCUGUUGAAUGAUGCUCGGGCGUUUUGCAUGAGCACUAGUCUCACAGUAUGCCAGGCUUUGUGGCGUUAACCAGAAUCUUCUGGUUAAAGAUUUGGGUGGUGCAUACCUGAACAGUAAAUAACACAAAUAACUGAAAUCAUUUUUAAAAAAUUUACUGAAAGCUGAUUUGUGAAGACAUGGUGCCAUACAGGAAUAUCUUGUAUAUGUACAUGUAGAUUAUAAUAAACAUGAAUGUAAAUAAAUUCAAAUAUAUAUAUAUAUAUAGGAGGCUUUAGAGGAAAUAAAAUUUGGGAUAGAAAGUAAAAAUAACAAGAAAUGUUGUAAAGAUACUUGAAUGUUGAUUGAUAAGGCUUUGAUAGUUUUCAUUUAAGAUAAAUGAAAAGGAAAGCAAGGAAAGGCUGAAUGUUUUGAAUUCAGGGUUUUCCAUUCUUUAUACUGUAUGUUGUAUUGUUGAAAUAUUUGAGCUUUACCAGGAUCUUGAAAACAUAUCCUGCAUGUACAACCACAUGAAUGUCUGAGGACAGUUACUGCAUAGUGGAAUCAUUGAGGGUUUUGUUGUCAUACAGAAAUGAAACAGGCCCAAAAUAAUGCAACCAAAUUUUGGAGAGAUCCUUUGUGUUUAUUAAAAUUCCUAUCUUUGGGAUCUCAUGCUCACAAUAUUAAAGAGCUGUAAGAGUAUUACGUAGUCCUGCUGAGAGAAAGAGAGAAACAACCUGAUAAUGUAGUUUUGGUCAUAUGGAUGUGUUCAUCAGGUAUGACGUGGAAAUUAGCUUUAGUCUGAAUUGGUGAACAUCUCCUUCAAUUGGUUACCUGUAGUUGCUCCUUCAGUUGGUUACAGGUAGGUACUCCAUCUUCCAUCUUCUUUGACAAGUCUGUUUGCCUGUUAAGUUUGCUAGCUGCUUGUGUCCGUGGCUAUAUGUGGCUAAUCUUUCAUACAGAUACGUUUAGUGUUUUACCAAGUAAUUAGACGUGAAGAUUGUACCAUACAUCUUGAAGUCUCUUAAGCCACAUAACCAGCAGGUGUGAUUACACUGUCUUGCUGUAACAAUUACCUCCAGUUUCAUAUUCUGAAAAAAACGCUGAAUUGUGGUUCAAACUUUUUGCAUGUAAACUGGUAAAAGGCUGUAUGAAUAGGGUGAUGGGUUUGUGAUUCCUGCAUUGUAAGAAUUCUUUAUAAAUCAAUUUUAUGUACAUUUCGCACAGCGGCAUUUAUUGUUCUUGCUUCACGUGUACGUUCUACAUUGUCACCGAAGUGAUAAAUGUUUAUACACAUUGCUUGUAACCAAUUCAGAGUAACUGCUUUCCAGAUCUUUGCCAAAAGAACUUUUGAUGUAAAAUUCUUUUCCUGUAUGUCAUGUGUGAAGAUCAUUGUGCUUCUUGUUUUAUAUAUAUAUAUAUACAUAUAUUAUUCACAUGUAUAUACUGUUUUUUUUUUACAAAGAAUGUAUAUUAAUUUUUGAUUUGAAAUUGUUAGAUGUGCCUCAACUUAUCUAACAUAAUUUGUUCAUGAUCCACCGCAAUGUCUUCAGAUCCGGGCAUCAAAGAACUGUACUAUUUAAGCUAUGCUGAUAUUAUCAUGUCCUUCAGCUACUCACGUCCUGUUGUAUAAAUGCGGUACAUUUACGAGUUUCUGCGACUAAACACUGAAUGGCUGGAUUUUAUUCGGGCCUUUUUUGUCGCCUUUGUGAGAGGAAAUCAGCCCUUUCAAAAUUUCUGUGUGGGGUUCUCCAACCAGUUCCAUUGAUAUUCAGUAGCACUGUUAUAAAUUCACGUUUGUAUCAUAUAGAAGUAUUUGUAGUAUUCGAAUGAUCACUGCAGUAAUUGGCAAUCUAUUUGAAAAACAAACUGACGCUUCCAAAUAAGCCCAAAUUUCAUAAAUACAUGUAUUUAGAUGUACAUACUUGGAUGUCGAUAGUAGAGCGUUUCGGAUGUUAGUCAGAUAUCAGUGGGAACAUAUGCACGUAAGUGAAAUGUCAAUAGGAGAACAUGGCAAGCGUUAGUCCGAUAUCAAUAGGAACAUGUACACGUAGUGCAAUGUCGAUAGCAGAACAUGGCAGGCAUUAUUCAGAAAUCAAUGGAAACAUGUACACGUAGUGAAAUGUCGAUAGCAGAAGAUUGACGGCGUUAGUCAAAUAUCAACGGGAGCAUGUACACGUAAAGUGAAAUGCUGAUAGCAAAACAUUGCCGGCAUUAGUCAGAUAUCAAUGGGAACAUGCACACGUAAGUGAAAUGCGGAUAGCAGAAGAUUGCAGGCGUUAGUCAGAUAUCAAUAGGAACAUGUACGCAUAAGUGAAAUGUCGAUAGCAGAAGAUUGCCGGCGUUUGUCGGAUAUCAAUGGGAACAUGUACACGUAAGUGAAAUGCGGAUAGCAGAAGAUUGCCGGCGUUAGUCAGAUAUCAAUGGGAACAUGUACAAGUAAGUGAAAUGCGGAUAGCACAAGAUUGCCGGCGUUAGUCAGAUAUCAAUGGGAACAUGUACACGUAAGUGAAAUGUCGAUAGCACAAGAUUGCCGGCGUUAGUCAGAUAUCAGUGGGAACAUGUACACGUGAGUGAAAUGCGGAUAACAGAACAGUUGCCGACGUUAGUCAGAUAUCAGUGGGAACGUACAAGUAAGUGAAAUGCCUGGUUAAAUGCUUGAAAGGAUUAGCCUAAACCUUCCUGGUUCAUCACUUUUGUUAAAAGUCUUUACUUGUUUUUGUUGGUAAAAUUAGCUUUUUGGUAACAAUUAUGGUGCAUGUAGAAAUAUUGUGAUUGUGACCGGUACUGUAUUUUAAUUUAUUUUCUGAAAAUUAAUAAUCAGAGCUUUAUGAGUAGAAAUAUCAACUGCCCUAAAAAUGGAAAAGAAAAGUGUUGCUUGUCAUAUUUUACCUUGCCCAUAAUGGAGUUUAGGCUCUUGCACGUGAAAGCGAUUAAGGUUGAAGAAAACGCGAUAAUGAAACUAACUGUGAGCUACCCUAAUUCUUCAACCUUUUCAAUCGCCUCUGCAACCAACAUUUUUAAACAUUGUGAAAGAACUAUGAAGUGUAGAGAAAUAGUUUGCGUCUUUAAUUGCACAAACAAAUCAUUUUAGUGCCAUAUUCAUAUUUGUAUGAAUAAAUUCUACUGAAAAGAAGUGCUUUGAAGUUGAAGAUUUACAGUAUUUAUUUGUCUGCCAAAACUGGUAUGGUAGCCUUAAUGUUAAACAAGGGCAAAGUGGAAAUGGUGAACAUAAGGUCGCAUUCCCGCGGGUAACUCUGAACACUAUGUCAUAAUGUAUAAUGGGUUUACUGAUGUUUACAACAUACUGAUAGAGGCAUGAUUUAUAAUGUCUUGAAUUUAUUUCUCUAAGUACAUCUAACAUUAAUUUGUAGUCUG